GGGUUAAUCCCGUACUGGUUCCGACUUCUGUUCGAGAUCUGUUCCACGAUUAGGGUUUCGAAUGUUGAAUUUCCGUCAUCUUUGUUAGUUGAUUUCUUCGGUUUUCUUAGUUUUUUUGGAAUUAGGAUUGGUGUUUCGAUUGAAGCUCUGUCGUUGAGAUCUUCGACUUCUCUGAGAAUUUUGUGUGGGACUUGAGAAAGAAGAGAAAAUUGGGGAAAAACCAGGCAAAAUGGAGACUCAGAGGAUUAUUGAAUUUCCACACAAAAACAUGGAUAAACGUCCCAGGAAGAGACAGAGAUUAGCGUGGGAUAUGCCUCCUCCUGUUCCUCCACCGAAGGUUCUUCCACCACCAUACUGCGGGCAGGAAUUUGGGAAUGGGCAAGUUCCCAAUUAUGCAUAUCCGUCCAUGUAUUGCAGAGGAGCUCCACGCGUUGGAUCGCCUCCAUGGAGGCCUGAUAAUAAAGAUGGGCACUAUGUAUUUUCCAUUGGGGAAUGCUUAACUCCUCGUUACACAAUUUUGAGCAAAAUGGGUGAAGGAACAUUUGGGCAAGUGUUAGAAUGCUUGGAUAGUGAGAAAAAAGAGGUUGUAGCUAUUAAAAUUGUUCGAUCAAUAAGCAAAUAUCGUGAGGCUGCCAUGAUUGAAAUUGAUGUCCUUCAGAGGCUGGCUAGGCAUGAUAUUGGAGGCACCCGUUGUGUGCAAAUUCGGAAUUGGUUUGACUAUCGUAAUCAUAUAUGUAUUGUAUUUGAGAAGCUUGGACCAAGCUUAUACGAUUUUCUUCGCAAAAACAGCUACCGUUCAUUUCCGAUUGAUCUUGUUCGGGAGUUUGCCAGACAACUUCUGGAGUCUGUAGCAUUUAUGCACGAGCUACGGCUAAUUCACACUGAUUUGAAGCCAGAGAAUAUUCUUCUUGUUUCCUCAGAGUUCAUUAGAGUUCCAGAUCAUAAGUUUUUAUCACGUUCAGUGAAAGAUGGUUCCUAUUUCAAGAAUCUUCCGAAGUCGGCUGCUAUCAAGCUCAUUGAUUUUGGAAGUACCACGACUGAACAUCAAGAUCACAGCUAUAUUGUUUCGACACGUCAUUAUAGGGCACCUGAAGUUAUCCUGGGUCUAGGUUGGAACUAUCCUUGUGACCUAUGGAGUGUCGGAUGCAUACUUGUUGAACUUUGUUCUGGCGAAGCACUUUUUCAAACGCAUGAGAACUUGGAGCAUCUUGCCAUGAUGGAGAAGGUUUUGGGCCCGUUGCCCCAACAUAUGGUUCUCCGUGCAGAUCGCCGUGCUGAGAAAUACUUCAGGCGAGGCAUGCAGCUAGAUUGGCCUCAGAGUGCAACAUCUCGAGAAAGCAUGAGAGCAGUCUGGAAGCUACUGAGGCUGCCUAACCUUAUAAUGCAGCACGUUGAUCACUCGGCUGGUGAUUUGAUUGAUCUCCUGCAAGGCCUCUUACGUUAUGAUCCAUCAGAGAGGCUCAUGGCAAGAGAAGCACUAAGACAUCCUUUCUUCACUAGGGAUCUAAGAAGUUCAUUAUUUCCAGGUAAGCUUGGACAAGGACUAACAGUUGGAAUGUAGAUAGCAAACUAAAGACUGACGUGGAAUUGAAACCCGAGAGGCAAGACUAGCCGAAAAGAGCGUGUCUAAGAGUGAAUGAGCUUUUGACCCACCGUACUGUUUUUUGGUUACAACAGAUACAGAAUAGGAAAGCCAAACACGAAGAUGGAGGUAACAGGAAACGAUUGAGAACAUGCUGAGUAUAUAUAAAAAUUUGAAACCUCUGUUGGAGAUGGGAAUUGGAAAGAAGGCCAAUUAUUUUGUAGGAGGUUUUUUUGAUCAUGUGAAUGACGAAAGUUACUGGCAAUCAAUUGAUGAUGGUGUUCGGCUUUCAGGCUUUUUUAUUGCCUA